AUGUCUCGCGUUAAUAUCGCACAACCAAUGGCUGAACAGAGUGCACAAUUUUCCUCGUAUGACCAAACUCUCCAAAUUAUUUGAACUUGAGACAUAGAUUGAAUAUUAUGUUAGUAUAUAGGAGUAGUUUGUAAAUGAAUUAAGUCAGAAUAAAUACAAAGGAUUAACAUUAAAUGGGACAUAGUUGAUUGAAUAUUAUGACAGAUGGUUCCUGUACCACAGAUAUGGAGGACAAAGAGCCAAUUUUGUCUACAUUUUGAUCAAAAAUUUUUGGGUAUGGGCAACUGGUUCACCUGUUGCGUUCAAAGGCGUGAGAAAGUCGCAGGAGUCCCUAAAUCUGGAAUUUUAACGUUUGCCAACUCUGUAGGAACCAGUGAUUAUGCAUAUUAUUCAGGAGCGACAGAACAUGCCAGUCACCCUUUGCCUGUUCCAGGCAAGAAUUCUACUAGGAAAAAGAGAACAGGGAUUGUACCAAGUCCAAGGUCUGAGAGUGAAAUACUAUCAUCUCCUUAUUUAAGAGCGCUUUUGCUCUCUGAACUUGCAAAGGCCACCAACAAUUUCCAUCGCGAUUGCCUUCUUGGUGAAGGAGGAUUUGGUUAUGUUUAUAAGGGAUGGCUAUGCGAGGAAACACUAACUGCUUCAAGACCUGGAUCAGGACUGGGAGUUGCAGUAAAGAAGCUCAAGCCUCGAGGUUUGCAGGGCCAUAAGGAGUGGCUGUCAGAAGUAAAUUAUCUUGGGCAACUUCGUCAUCCAAACUUGGUCAAGCUCAUUGGAUUCUGCUUGGAAGGUGAAAACCGGCUAUUAGUAUAUGAAUUUAUGCCAAGAGGGAGCUUGGAGAAUCAUUUGUUUCGAAAGAGUGCAUCAGUUCUUCCAUGGGCAACAAGGAUUAAAGUUGCUAUAGGUGCUGCUCGAGGACUUUCUUUUUUGCAUGACGCGGAACCACAAGUUAUCUAUCGUGAUUUUAAAGCUUCUAACAUCCUUUUAGACCCGGAUUUUAAUGCAAAACUUUCAGAUUUUGGCUUGGCAAAAUCUGGUCCAACUGGUGAUCAUUCUCAUGUAUCUACUCAAGUAAUGGGUACUCAAGGAUAUACUGCUCCUGAAUAUCUUACUACAGGUAAACUAACAGCCAAAUGUGAUGUUUAUAGCUUUGGGGUUGUUUUACUCGAGCUGCUUACUGGUCGUCGUGUAAUGGAUAAAAAGAAGACUCGUGCAGAGCAAAACCUGAUCGAAUGGGCAACUCCGUAUUUGCAUGACAAGAAAAAGUUGUUCAGGAUUAUGGACACUAAGUUAGAAGGGCAAUAUCCUCGAAAAGCAGCAACGAUAGCAGCCACUCUUGCAUUACAUUGUGUAAAUCCUGAAGCAAGGGGCAGACCAGAUAUGUCAUUCGUGUUGAGUGUUUUAGAACAGCUCCCUUCUAAGUAUACGUCUGGUCGUCCAUUUGGAGAUAGGAGAAAGGUGUCUAAAUCUCGACAUAAAUCUGAAUCUUCAUUACCAGGCAGUGUUAGGACAAAACACGCCUCUUGUGUUUCAGAAGGUACAAAAUCCCCACGAGAACGAUCAUAACAGGCAGUUUUCAGUGCAAUGGAGUUUUUUGGCCAAUUGUAUUUAACUGUGUCAUUUUGUAUCAUGCUUAUUAUAAAGUAGCAACACCCAAAUAUGAUCUUGUAUAUAACAAUUAUUAACUAUACCGCAAGAACUCAGCCUAAGUUGCAGGGGUUACUUCUAGUAACAAGCUAAAUUAGCUCCAGUGUAGCGUUCGCUUAUUAAAAAAAAAUCACUUGUUCCAUUCUCAACAUUGCAAAUUCUUUCAAUUCCUUUUUCACUGUAGCCACAUUAUAAGGAUCCUUGUUUAUUAUUGCAAAUUACAUGUUGGAAAAAUAUAAUGGCGCAGUUGAUUUAAA